ACGCUCAGACACACACUUCCUGCAGAGCAACAUGUUCGACACGUGUCAGGCACACUGGGUGGCGCUGUUUACUCUCCUGAUGUGGGCACCUCUGCAGGGGGCAGCAGAUUCAGAAGAGGAAGCCCCCUCUGACUGGGCAUUGUGGAAAAGGCUUCAUCAAAUAUCCUACGAUGAGGAGAGUGACGACUUUGAGAGACAAAACAUCUGGGAGACCAAUAUGCGAAUGAUUGAGAAAAACAACAAUGACUUCCACUUCGGAUUGUCGUCGUUUAGCAUGGGAAUGAACAAAUAUGGCGACCUCACCAAGAUGGAGUACAAACGAUUGCUGGGCGCCACAAUUAAUGGGCCGAUAAACAGGAAAGGAAAGGUCACAUCGGCUCAGACGCUGCGUGUCAAAGCUAACAGACUGGGAUUGACCAGUGUGGAUUAUCGAGCACAAGGAUAUGUGACUGAAGUCAAAGAUCAGGGUUACUGUGGGUCUUGCUGGGCCUUUAGCACUACAGGUGCUAUUGAAGGGCAGAUGUUCAAGAAGACGGGGCGGCUGAUGUCCCUCAGCGAGCAGCAGCUGGUGGACUGUUCCAGGUCGUAUGGCACGUACGGCUGCAGUGGAGCCUGGAUGGCGAACGCCUAUGAUUACGUGAUCCGUAAAGGGCUGGAGAGCUCUGACUCUUACCCCUAUACUUCAGCGGACGCUCAGCCCUGUUUCUACGACAGAAGUUCAGUUGUGGCCAGGGUCAGUGAUUACAGAUUCAUCCCGGCCGGAGAUGAACAGGCACUGGCUGACGCCGUGGCAAGCAUCGGUCCAAUCACCGUCGCCAUAGAUGCCGAUCAUCCAAGCUUCCUCUUCUACAGCUCGGGAAUCUACAAGGAAUCUAACUGUAACCCUAAUAACCUCAACCAUGCUGUGCUUGUGGUUGGUUAUGGCUCAGAGGGGGGCAAAGAUUUCUGGAUAAUCAAAAACAGUUGGGGAACAGGAUGGGGUGAAGGAGGCUACAUGCGAAUGAUCCGCAAUGGCAAAAACACUUGUGGGAUCGCCAGCUAUGCUCUUUAUCCAAUUGUGUGAGAAGAACAAGAG